AUGGUCCGCAAGCCUGGAGUUCGGCGGAUUGUGGAAGCGACGGUGGAGAGGUGUGUUGUCACUGAUGGUAGCCGCUUCGAACUGCUUCUUUCGCGGCUGGCGGCUGGGCUCCGAGCGUUCGCCAGAGAAGAUGGCAAGCGGGUGAAAGCGACGGUAACUCAUCUGGCGGUUGAGGUGGCGGAACUCCGUCAGGCCAUGAUGCGAGAUCCAUCCUGCAAAUCAACGAGCGAGCGGUUAGCUGUGCAGGAGGCGCAAUUGCGCGAGUACCAAGCGUCGAGAAAGGACAAGCUGUUCCUGAUGUCGGGUCUGCGGAUGGAGCUCCGGGGGGAGGUGGCGUCAAAGCAUUUGACGGCGCUGGUGCAGGCUAAGAAAGCGUGUACUCAGAUUGCAGAGUUGCAGACGGCGUCAGGGGUUGUCUCGGACUCCCAAGGCAUUCUUCGUGCAGCAUCGGAGUUCUUCGCAGAAAUCUUUGGGCGGGACCGUGGUCAGCUAGAAGAUGACUGGCGCCCUGCGUCGGAUAGAAAGCUGAGAAGCUGGGAAGCAGAGGAACUGGCGGCGGAUUGGACGGAAGAGGAAGUCAAGAAAGCCUUCGCGGUCCUCUCGACGGAGGUGAAGGAAGCGGUGACGAUACUUUUGCACAAAAGGGGGGACAAAGAUCAGCUCAACAAUUACCGCCCCAUCACUCUCCUCAAUUUCACUUACAAGGUGUUGGCGAGAGUAGUGGCUGACAGGAUGAAGAAGUUUCUGUGUCGGGUGAUCUCACCGGAGCAGUACGGUUUCCUCCCGGGGCGGCGGCUGACGGAUGCAGUGGGGCUUGUGGCUGAUAUCAUUGAUGCGGCGCGAAAUGACAAUGAGGAUUGGUUUCUCCUCUUGGUUGACUUCAAGAAGGCGUUUGACUCUGUCUCCCGUGGCUACCUCUUCCGAACGCUUCGGGUGAUGGGCUUCCCUGAACGGUUGGUGCGGUGGGUGGAAGGCCUGCAUGCGGGAACGCAGACACAUCUGUUAGUCAACGGCUGGAUGGGAGACGGUGUGGAGGUGAUUUCGGGGGUCUGGCAGGGUUGUCCCCUGGCUCCGUACCUUUUUCUGUGUGCGGUUGAGCCUUUGGCGCAGCUGGUCCUGAAGCGAAAAUUGGGCAUCUGCAAGGGGAGCGAGCAGCUGGCGUAUAUCGGCUACGCGGAUGAUACCACUUUGGUCCUGGAGGGGAAGCAGCAGAUCAUCAGGGCUGAGCAGGUGUUAGCAAAGUUUGAGUUGACCUCGGGACUCGCGACCAACAGGGACAAGUCGGUUAUCUUACCGUUGGGGAACAACCUUGGCAGAAUGACUGGUCGGGCGAACGGGUUCCGUUGGGCGAAGGCGGAUGAAGCGGAGAAGCUGCUGGGGGUUUGGGUCACUCCCUCGGGAAGCUGCCUGCCCACGUGGGAAAAAACUGCAGAAGCAAUGACAGGGAAGAUUAUCCAGUGGCAAUAG